AUUAUUCUGUAUUUUUGACUACACAAAAUAUCAACAAAUAUGUCCUAACCUGCAGUGAAAAGAGUAAGAUAGAGAUCAAUUAUUGUCUCUGAACUGAAUUAUAUUUAAAAUCGUAUUUGUAUACCAAAGACACUUAUUAAUAUCUAUAAGGUCUCUGAGGAUCUAAGACAAGAAUGAGCAUAUACGAUAAUUGGGACGUGGAGCAACAUAAAGUAGAAUACGAGUCUGACGAGCACUGGGAGUUACGGCGUAAAUUUUUGCUGACCCACAAACAUAAAUUCCCCGAAGAUAUACUCGUUUGUUUAGCCCAAGUGUUCGUCAAUGUCGAACUGUUAGGAUGCAGAUAUCCACAAGAAACAAUGGAUUUAGUCAAAGAAUUAUCACAAGAUGUUGCAGCCGAAUAUAGAGAAAAGCAAAAGAAAAAGUUACAAAGAACAUUUGUGGAAGCAUCAGAGGCAGCUAGUUCUAAGGUGAAAGGAUGCGCUGCUAAAACAUCUACUGUCACAGAAGAAUCUAUACAGAGUAUGCCUAAUCCUAUAUCAAACACAGCUAAUCAUACUGACCAAUCUCGUAAAAAAAAUAAAAAGCGUUCUAAAAAAAAUAAAAAACUUGAUACUGAAAUGAAAUUACUUCCUAAUGUCAAAAAAGAAUCUAUAUCUAGUACAAUGAAUUACAACUAUCAGUCUUGUGAAAAUCUUGAUAUCAAAGAAGGACCGUCUAAAAAAAUAAAAACAGAGAAAAAUGUCUCAGUUCAAAAUCAUCCAUACGAAGACAUUGUUCUGUGGGAAAAACCAGGUACUAACGAUAAUGUACUAAAUAUACUAGAAAUGUCAGCUGGAGUAUCUGGUAUCGCUAUGCGUUGGAAGUACUCUAAAAUAGAAGAAGGCUGGGAAUGCUCUAUUAUUUUUGACUCACAAAAAUUGAGUUGUAGCACUGAUAUCAAUAAGAAAGUAGCUAGACAAAAAGCAGCCAUUAUUGCAUUAGAAAAAUUACAGAAACACUGCUAUACGGUUAAGGUUAAAGGAGACAUAGGUACAAAAAUAACUGUAACGACAGAAGAACUAAAGUCUCAGGAAUCUCAAUCUGAAGACAAUUGGAAAGUAUCUAAUUGUAUUGGGAAAAAUAUGAUGAAAAUGAUGGGCUGGACCGGCGGUGGUCUUGGAAAAUCCGAACAGGGUAUUGUGGAACCCAUGUCUGCCAUGGUUAAGACGCAAAUAAAUCGAGAAGGUCUUGGCCUGAAAAAAAAUUCUUAUACGGAACAAGAAAUAAAAACUAAAUGUCGAAAAUUAUUUAAAGAUCUCUUACAAACGGAUAAUUAUUCGCGAAAAGACAUUGUGUUUCUGGAUUUCCCUAAAGAAGACAGAAUUGUGAUUCAUCAAGUUGCGCGAACAAUGGGUCUUAAAUCACGUAGUCAAGGCAAGGAUCAACGAAAACUGAUAGUUUCAAGUAAAGUCAAUAUAUGGAGUUUGGUCAGAGAAUUGAACAAUCUUGGUGGAGUCACCGAAAAAUACGAAUUGGUGAAACCGACUGACGAAAAAUUCAUUUCAUUAUCAACUUCUACUUGUACAUAAAAAGGACAGAUAUUAUAUAUAUUUAAACGAUACCUUCUGUGACAUUGAUGUAGUAGCAUAAAUAUGGAUUAUAUGAAAAUAAAUAGAUAACUCUUUUCAGAAGUCUUUCCGUAAUAUUUUAUUGUUUAAACGAUCCAAAAAACAAGCUGUUUGAAGUAAUAUCACGACGUUCAAUAUUUUUCUAGCACGCAAUCCGAAGUAGCGAGAUUCAUUCAAUUCUUGUUUCUAACGGACAUAUUUCUGUCGAAUGAAAAGCCGUACGUUGUAGAUCAGAAUAUCGCAUCACGUCGCCAGUAAAAUAGCGCAAACAAAUAUAAAGGGUGAGACACAGUAAAAAGCAAUCUCCUGAAAUUGUGAUUAUGCAGGCAGAGCCUACAGAUUCGUAAAUAAUCAUGUUGUUCAUCGAGCAAUUACAAUGUAUACGCUCACGCUCGCAUGCACGAUCAACGAAUGAAAUCGUGUCGCAUGAUGCAUAAUUGGAGACAUUAGAAUUAUUAAAAUUGAAAAGAAGCGUUCUCACUUUAUUUAACAAUUAUAAUUAUUGCGACAAAAUCAUUCCGAAGUGCGUCUGGCAUUCAAUCGAAUAGAGGAGUACAAAAUCU